AUGUCUUUACCGGGUCAGGCCAAUUCUGGGCCAAGUACCGGCCCCUCUGCCUCGGGACCAGAUAGGAAAGGGUCCGUCAAGAGAGCACGUCAGUUGCUGGAAGCAGGAGUCCGACCAACGCAAGAAAAACCUCAAGCUUUGAGACAGCCACCAAUGCCGCCAGCAGCUCGAAAUAUUGCUCAUCAAACACAAUGGCCGUUGCCAGAAUCAGGUCUGCAGCCUCGACCUCUAAACCCCCACCAGCCACGUUUCAUGACUCCCAGUGGCCCCCCGCCACUCAGGCCCCCACGGCCAAGUGAGGUUCCGUCGCAGAUCCCUUCGCCGUCAGUAUACUCAGUACGAAGUGGCGAGAGUCCCGAGCCUAGCUUCUCAGUGAAUUAUCCAAACCCUUAUCCAUACCCUACACCAUCAGUACGGUCAUUCUCACACCCCAACCCACGUCACCAACAGCAACAGUUCCAGCCGUCAACCAACAAUGGUGCGAUUAGCCCAAGCAGUACAAUUGACAUAAGCUCGCGCAUAUCAGUUGGAACAGAUGAAUUAUUUAGAAAUUCGACCCACUCCGCUUUUUCGAAUCUCCCGAUGCCCCCAGUCCCGCCUUCAGAGCCGCCGCCUCCAGUGCAAUCACGGCGGCAGGGGGCGGGGUUGCACAUACCUCCAAACGCGCGUCGAAGUCGAGCCCGGAAAUCAUCUGUGUCUCCUAUCCCAGAAGAGAUUCCGAACCCUCGUCAAACCCUUGGUUCAUACGCUUCUAGUCGGGUUAUCCCAUCUAGUUGGGGAUCUGGACCUGCUGAAUCCGAGAUCCUAGGUGCAUAUCUAGAUGAUGGCUCGAGUGACGACGAGGAAGAUGAAUUAAAGCAUGACGGGUCCAAAGAUGAGGCAAAUCUCGUGCGUAGUGCUAGUGUUGGCAAGAGGCAUAAGCCAACAAUGCGCACCAUCAUGAGAUCUAACCCCAAUUCAGAGGUUUCUGUUCCGGAUUUACCGGCUUCUCCAGUCUCACAGCAAAGGGAGCUAGACCACAAUAGAACUGCAGGGUUGACUAUCCCCACAACAGUAGCAGCAGCUGGAGGUACAGCUAUGGCCCAGAAUGAUCGACUCAUGAGGAUCCGAACCCCUAGCCCUGUAUGCCGUGGAUCUAUCUCGUCACUAUCGGGAGAGUCAUAUGUGGAUCCGGAAAAGCCCCGUUUCGCGAAAUAUGAAGAGCAAAAUACGUAUCGGGGUGCUUUGGAAAAGGAGCUUGAGGAUUUGCCAAGGGCUGCACCGACCAUGAGUGACAAGAGACCCAAUGGACGUAAGCCACCUCGCCUGGACUUGGAAGCUGUCCGGGGCGCGGAAGCUCGAGGUAGUCUUUCAAGCUUAACGGAUUUGAUCCGACGUGCGACGAAGCUUGCAUCAAACCUAGAUCGUGGGAGAACAUCUAGCCGAGCUGACCUUGCAGGUGCAGGUGCCGACUUUAGAGAACAAGGAAAUCGAGGGCGAACCUCUGGAUCCCUUUCCGAUAUUCUUGCUUCAUUUCCAAACCCUAGUGUUUUGACACCAGACACCCGCAGCUCGUGGCCUGUGUUUUUCGGCCGUUCUCAUCUUCGCAAUGUUGAGCCUCUUGCCUCUCAUGAUGAUAUACCUGAGGACCCAGCCCCCCGGCGGAAGUGCUGCGGAAUGCCUAGACGAUGGUUUAUUCUUCUCUGUAUCUUGAUCUUCAUUAUUGUUAUCCUCGCUGUUCUUCUCCCAGUAUUUCUAGUUGCUGUACCACGUGAGAAUGCAAGCCAAUCCUGCUCCCACACGACGCCGUGUCAUAACGGUGGGGUCAGUGUUUCAGGUGGCACAGAAUGCUCAUGUGUUUGUGCAGAGGGUUAUAUGGGCUCCCAGUGCAGCUUGUCGGGGGACAGUAGUUGCGUGACUGCUGAAGUGAACAAUGGCAGCAUCAACAAGAACACGACGAUGGGUAGCUCCAUACCCACUUUGUUAGAUCGGUCUCAGCAAAAAUUUGGGAUUGACCUUGACGGUGUGACGAUCAUGGCACUUUUCAGCAUGAACAACGUCUCCUGUCGAACUGAAAAUGCGCUCGUGUCUUUCAGUGAGAUUAGCCAGAGUGGUGAUACCGGUACCGCUCGUCGUUCUACCGAAUUCCCCGGACAAGGUGAACUCGGCGCCCCCAUCAAGAACAGAGAAACUCCAAUGAUUCCCCGUCCAUCACGGUCUAUUGAGAUCGCCCCUUCUUCCAACGUGAUAAGAGAACGGUCUUUGGCUACGUCCAAUGGCAUCUACUAUGACAGUGCAUCAACCACUUCCAGUGCUCGAGUAUCGUCGACGAACGAUGACACCAGUGCAACGAGUACUAUUGCAACUGCCACGACUACGAAGACUGGAGUGACAUCCACGUCAGCCUCUGUUCCAUCCGAAGUUAUAAAUUUCUCCCGUGUGGCCGUUCUGUACAUUCUGGAGAAGACGGGAUCGUUCAAUUCGGCCCAGGAAUCUGAGACGCAGAUCCAAACAUACUUGAUUGACUCGUAUAACUCAGCGGCCCAUCCUGCUGUGAAAGUGCUUGAAUGGUAUGAGUUGGAUUUUGAAAAUAAGACCAUUUCGACAGGAUGA